CCCUGUGGUAGGACUUGACAAUGUAGCCUGGUCUACUACCGAGUAUAGACGGUUCACUCGUACGGGUGAGGAUUUUAAUCCCUGGCCGCCAGGACUGUUCAUUUGGGGUUUAGGGUAAAUAGAAAAAAAUAGUGGUGAGCAUAGAGUGGUGUUCUACCUUGGAUUUUCUUAAUUUUAAGGCAGUGAGUGGUUGUCCGAAGUGACAAAUUAACAAUGGAAAAUAAAUAAUGAAGUGGAUGCGCCAGGCCUGCUGUAGUAGCUGUAAUAGCUAGCUAGUAGCUAGCAGCAGGACAGGAACAGCACAAAACAUCUGCAGCCGAUUCCAGCGCUGGAGGGGCACUGACCUGAGGGUAACCGAGCCUCAUACGAGGUCCGAUUGAUAGCAUUAGCUAGCUAACUUUGAGUGACUAGCAACACGAUAUCAUAAUAUGCAAGUCUAUUGCUCGCUAAAUCCCAUGAUUGCAAAUGUGCAUCAAUAAAGUGUUUAACAUUGCUGUUUGCUAGUUUUCCGUCUUGUGGAAGAAAAAAGGAAGUUGGUGGCUAGCUAGCCUGCUAGCUUCUUCAGGACCAGUAUCCAAAUAACUAGCUAGCGAACGCUGCGCUCUUUUCCGAAGUUGAAAUAAGACUGCAAGCCAAGAGUUCAUACUCUAGACACUUCCGAAAUUAGGUGGAUUUAAUGCGAUCCUUUGUUCCGAUUUGCUGGAAGGACUUAGUAAGACCACCAACGGUAACCAAACUUAACAAAUUUGCGGAAUACUCCGAGAACCAACAAUGGGGGAAAAUGACAACAUGGACUAUUUUUACCAGCAAGUAUUACAGAAGGACGUGACUCGGCGGCUGCAGGUUGGCCAAGAUCUGAUUGACUACCUCAACGAUCCCCAUAGGUCGUCUGAUGUCGACCAGGAAAAACCUCGUUUGGAUAAAACCAUUGAUGAGCUAACGGCAUGGGUAAAUUCAAGCAAUUAUAAGGUGGCAUUGGUGGGUCUGGAUAUUGUCAGCGCAUUCAUAGACCGACUGGCAGAGCGCUUCAAAGGAUAUGUGGCAACAGUGGUCCCAGCCCUUGUUGACCGACUGGGCGACUCCAAAGACCAGGUCCGGGAGCAGGCUCAGGCGGUGAUCCUUAAGCUUAUGGAGCAGACUGCGCCAGUCAUGUUCAUUUGGGAACGGCUGCUCCCCGGCUUCAAGCAUAAGAACUUCCGCAGCCGCGAAGGAGUGUGCCUUUGCCUCACCGCCACGUUGAACAUGUACGGGCCGCAGCCUUUGUCCCUCAGCAAAAUCGUUCCGUUCCUCUGCACGCUGACCGGCGACUCCAACGGCCAGGUUCGAGAAACUGCUACAGCGACUCUUGUGGAUGUGUAUCGGUACGUAGGGGAGAGGGUGAGAGCUGACCUGGGGAAAAGGGACUUGCCCAGCGCACGGCUGCAGACAAUAUACAGCAAGUUUGAUGAAGUGCUGAACUCGGGAAACAUGGCCCUAAGCCUCAGUCAAGACAAAAGCUUUGAGGAUGACGAGUCCGUGGACGGAAGCCGACCCUCUUCCUCGCAGUCCACUUUUAAGGUUCCCACCACCAAGAAGCCGAGCAACCCCGGCAACAGCAGCCGACGGCCAAGCGCCACUGGGGCCGCCAAAAUCGGAGGUACCAUGAAAGAAGGAGCUGGGGCGAUCGAUGAAGAAGAUUUCAUCAAAGCUUUUACGGACGUCCCCACUGUACAGAUCUAUUCUUCUCGUGACCUGGAGGACAACCUGAACAAGAUCCGUGAGGUCCUGUCUGAUGACAAACAUGACUGGGAUCAGAGGGCCAUUGCGCUGAAGAAAGUGCGGUCGCUGCUGGUUGCCGGGGCAGCAGACUAUGACUGCUUCUAUCAGCACCUGCGUCUGCUGGACGGGGCCUUCAAGCUGUCGGCUAAGGACCUGCGCUCCCAGGUGGUGCGGGAGGCCUGCAUCACUGUAGCCCAUCUCUCCACUGUCCUGGGCAACAAGUUUGAUCACGGUGCAGAAGGCAUUUUGCCUAUCCUCUUCAACCUGAUUCCCAACUGUGCCAAGGUGAUGGCCACGUCGGGGGUGUCGGCGAUCCGGUUCAUUAUCCGGCACACCCACGUUCCCAGGCUGAUUCCCCUGAUCACCAGCAACUGCACCUCUAAAUCUGUGUCAGUGAGGAGGCGUUGUUACGAUUUCCUGGACCUUCUGCUUCAGGAAUGGCAGACACAUUCCCUGGAGAGACACACAGCUGUUCUGGUGGACAGUAUAAAGAAGGGCAUCCGAGACGCAGAUGCUGAAGCCAGAGUGGAAGCUCGAAAGACGUACUGGGGUCUGCGGAACCACUUUCCUGGCGAGGCCGACGCCCUGUACAACUCGCUGGAGCCCUCGUACCAGCGCAACCUGCAGUCCUGUCUGCGCAGCUCAGGCAGUGUGGCCUCCCUGCCCCAAUCUGACCGCUCCUCCUCCAGCUCCCAGGAGAGCCUGAACCGCCCUCUCUCAUCUAAGUGGUCUGCUGCGCCAGGGAGAGUUCCUGCCAGUGCAAAGCCCGUAGGCUCCUCUGGGUCUCUGCAGCGCUCCCGCAGUGACAUUGAUGUUAAUGCAGCCGCUGGCGCCAAGGCGCGUCACAGCGGGAAGACGGGGGCCACCAGCCGGCUGACCCCGUCAAGCCGCCCCACAGGCUCCUACAGCUCACUGGAUGAAGCGUCUGAUAAGACAGAUGGGUCCAUGUCAGAUGAUGGGCGUCUGCGUACCAAGCAGACCCUCAGCACGGUGUCCGGAGGGGCAGGCAGCAGCCAGGUGGACUCACGCGGACGCAGCCGGUCCAAGAUGGUCUCCCAGUCGCAGCGUUCUGAAGAUUCCGAUUGCACGCCAGCGGGCAGCAGGUCGGGUUCUCCUGGCAGGGUUCUGACCAGCACGGCCCUGAGCACAGUGAACUCGGGGGCCCAGCGGGGACUAGCGGGGCCCGGGGCAUCCUACAGAAGGAGCCGAAUCCCACGCAGCCAGGGUUGCAGCCGCGACUCCAGCCCCACCCGGCUCUCCGUAGCCCCGUCAACCCACAGUCAAAUCUACAAUGGUGGGAGCAGAGGAGCGCGGGGAAGCCGGAUUCCCCGGCCUAGUAUGAGUCAGGGCUGCAGCCGGGAAGCCAGCCGCGAGAGCAGCAGGGACACGAGCCCUGUGCGCUCCUUCCAGCCGCUCGCUUCGCGACACCACUCCAGGUCCACUGGAACACUCCACACCCCCGAUGCCUUUGGGGCGGCAGGGUAUGGCAUGAGCCAGUCCAGCAGGCUCUCGUCUUCAGUCAGCGCCAUGCGGGUCCUCAACACUGGCUCCGAUGUGGAGGAGGCCCUGGCCGACGCUCUGCUGUUAGGAGACAUGAGGAGUAAGAAAAAGCCGGCCAGGAGGCGGUACGAGACGUACGGGAUGUACUCGGACGACGACGCCAACAGCGACGCAUCGAGCGCCUGCUCGGAGCGCUCAUACAGCUCGCGCAACGGCAGCAUCCCCACCUACAUGCGGCAGACGGAGGACGUGGCCGAGGUGCUCAACCGCUGCGCCAGCUCCAACUGGUCCGAGAGGAAGGAGGGUCUGAUUGGGCUGCAGAGCCUGCUGAAGAAUCAGAGGACCCUCAGUCGCGUGGAGUUGAAGAGGCUCUGUGAGAUCUUCACCAGGAUGUUUGCAGACCCGCACAGCAAGGUGUUCAGCAUGUUCCUGGAGACGCUGGUGGACUUCAUCCAGGUACACAAGGAUGACCUGCAGGACUGGCUGUUCGUUCUGCUCACUCAGCUGCUGAAGAAGAUGGGCGCUGACCUGCUGGGCUCUGUACAGGCCAAGGUCCAGAAGGCCCUGGAUGUUACCAGAGAGUCCUUCCCCAACGACCUGCAGUUCACCAUCCUCAUGAGAUUCACUGUGGACCAGACACAGACACCCAACCUCAAGGUGAAGGUGGCCAUACUCAAGUACAUAGAGACUCUGGCCAUGCAGAUGGACGCUCCGGACUUUGUCAACUCUAGCGAGACCCGCUUGGCCGUCUCGCGCAUUAUCACCUGGACCACCGAGCCCAAAAGCGCCGAAGUCCGGAAGGCUGCCCAGGCAGUACUGAUUGCCCUCUUUCAACUCAAUACCCCGGAGUUCACAAUGCUACUGGGGGCGCUACCGAAAACGUUCCAGGAUGGAGCCACAAAACUUUUGCAGAAUCACCUCCGUCACAGCGGCAACUCGUCACAGCAGACUCCCACAGGCAGCCCGCUCACCCGUCACACCCCCCGCUCUCCUGCCAGCUGGUCCAGUCCCCUCACCUCCCCCACCAACACCUCGCAGAACACCCCCUCACCAAGUGCAUUUGACUACGACACGGAGAACAUGAAUUCUGAGGACAUCUACAGCUCACUGCGGGGGAUGACAGAGGCCAUCCAGAGCUUCAGUGUGCGCAGCCAGGAGGACAUGAACGAGCCCGUGUCUCGCGACGCCAAGAAGGACGGGGAGAGUGAAGCGGGUGGAGUAGGUAGCAGUAGUGCUGACACUCUGGAUUCUGGACGCACGGUGCUGGACAAUAAGACCUCCCUCCUCAACACCAUGCCCCUGCUACACUCCAGCCCCCGUGGCUCCCGUGACUACAACCCGCUCAACUACUCGGACUCUUUAAACAAGUCAGCCCUGAAAGAGGCCAUCUUUGAUGAUGACACAGAACAGUUCCCUGAAGGCGGUAACCAGUCAGAGCUGGUGGCAGAACUUUUGAAGGAGCUGUCCAAUCAUAACGAGCGGGUGGAGGAACGGAAGGCGGCACUGUCAGAGCUGCAGAAAUUGAUCCGGGAAAACCAGCUGGUGGUGUGGGACGAACACUUCAAAACCAUACUGCUACUUCUGCUGGAGACGCUGGGCGACCGUGAACAUGUGAUCAGGGCCAUGGCUUUGCGAGUGCUGAAGGAGAUCCUGAAUCGGCAGCCUGCACGCUUCAAGAACUACGCUGAGCUGACCAUAAUGAAGGCCCUGGAGGCGCACAAAGACCCGCACAAGGAGGUGGUGCGAGCGGCAGAGGAGGCGGCGGCCAUGCUCGCCACGUCCAUCAGCCCAGAUCAGUGCAUCAAAGUGCUGUGUCCCAUCAUCCAGACGGCCGACUACCCCAUCAACCUGGCCGCCAUCAAGAUGCAGACCAAGGUCAUUGACCGCGUUCCCAAGGAAGGCCUGAACCAGCUGAUGCCUGAGAUUGUUCCCGGACUCAUCCAGGGGUACGAUAACUCAGAGAGCAGCGUGAGGAAGGCGUGCGUCUUCUGCCUGGUGGCCAUUUACGCAGUCAUAGGGGAGGAGCUGAAGCCUCACCUCAGCCAGCUGUCUGGCAGCAAGUUGAAGUUGCUGAAUCUGUACAUCAAGCGGGCGCAGUCGGGCUCCAGUGGCAGCGAUCCCACGGCGGACAUCUCGGGCCAGGGCUUGUAAAGCAGGAGCAAGAGGAGACUCCUCCCCUCCCCACCCUGACUCGCCCCCCCCCCCCCGAUCAUGCAUGCUACCCACUGUACCACUCAACUGGGACUUUGGAGGGGUCCGUAGGGCUAGCCCCCUUUUAACAUGGAGAUAUUGCUAACGGCCUCACUCACCCAUCCACCAUCAGUGUUACAGAUCAAUUGUUUGUUUUUUGUUUUGGUAAUAUGAAACCUAAUUUAUGUUUUAACUUUAUACUACCACAAGAAUCAGAUUCAGAUUCAACACAGCAAAACAAUACUGUUUUCUCUUAACUAUACUGCAACAUGUAAACUUAGAAUAAUUGAAGUAAAUACUAAACACCUAUUGUCAGUUAUAUACUGUAAGUUUAUCAUUGGAAUGAUGUGUUCACUGACUGUUAUUUCAAUGCUACUAGAACGGUAACAUGCAUCAACCAUUUCUGUUGACAGCCAUUCACCAUGCUAAUGGAACAAGUGUGCUACCAUGGCAAGUUUUUUGCCACCAUGACUGCUUGAGUCAUUGAAUAUGGUGGUUAAGCCUGUAAAUAUGGAUUGCAAAGCUUUUAAUUCCAAAGUGGAGUUUAUGUUUUUAUUCAUGAUUACAGCAUACUGUCGACAACUAAUGGGCUUAAAGACUGAAUUUAUUUUUCUUUCUCCAAAAGAUGUUGCUUGUUAUGGAAAAUGAUUCGUUCUUUUGUGUCAUUUUGGAAUGUUGAUGUCCUUGAUGGUUUUGUCUUUAAUUUGUCCUUUACAAAUUUCUGGAUUUUACAUCAAUCAGUGUCAUCUUCUGAAUCCUGAAUACGCAACACUUGAAGUAGUCCAGGGUCUUCCAUGUUAGUGUGGGUUAGACCGUGCAGGGCCAGGCUGGUCCUCUGGGCCAAAAAAGUGUGUUCUUUUAUUCUGUAAAGUCUUAUUUACUCAGCACUCACCAGGUUACCUGCCCUGUGGCCCAUUUGCCAUGUGCUAGACUGCAUUUAAUGUAUACCCAGCAUUCAGAUCUCACAGAUUCUUUUGGUUAACAAAGUGAUGGAACAACAUUGUGUGAUAUUGGAUGCAUGCAGCUCAACUACAUUUGCCCAUGUUGAAGUCAUCUUACACUGCAACCAGAUACACACACACAAACCAACAUGUUCAGCAUGCAUCUCUGAAUUUAUAGAUUAAAUUAUGGACAGAAGAAUUUUGUUGCUUUGGGCUUUUUUUACCCUUAUACAUGCUUGGGGAAAUGUUUUUUGAAGGAAAACUGUGGACAUGUUGUCUUCAGUGUCCCACUAAAAUUGUAGUUUGGCCAAGGUGUGUCAGAUUUUUAUUUAGUCUGCGCAUUUUCUCUGUCUCAUGGGAGUAAAAGGAUCUCAAAACAGGAGACACUGUUCAUUAUUUUUGCAUGGGCAGAAGUUGGGGCCUGAAGCAGCAGGGCAGUGUCAGUUUCUGUGGAUGGUAAGCAGUCUCCAUGGCUACCCAGGAAUUACGGCCUCCACCCUGAGAUGGUGCUUUAUAUAGGUAAUGCGUGUUUGUCACUUGGGUGACUAUGAGCAACUGCCCUGGAUCUUUGGCCCAACUGCACAUUCACCACCAGGCAUGGAAGUUACAAAUGCUCCUGGUUUUACUCCAGUGUUAAUCUGCCCUGCUUCAUGUCCUGAUAGUGCCGCUAGGAAUUUGUCCUGAUCUGACCACUUGUUUGCUUUAACCAGAUUUAAGCGGAAGAGGUUAGUCGCUGUUAGAGCCACAGAGGUACCAGGGUCCAUGGAUUCAAUUUUGUGGGGGUGUUGUGUGCACCACUUGCUCCCAUAUUGCCCCAGCUGUGUCAAAACACUCCUCUGUCAUCCCCUUAAGUGGACGUGAUCUUCCAGCUUGAUCUGAUUGGCCGCUGUGUCACAUGACCUGGCUGGCUGAGGUUCCCUGCAGCUCCAUUUCACUGCAACUCCGGGUUAGAUUAGUGAGGCCGAUACGUGCAGUCCUUUUUAAAGCGUGUAUGUAUAUGACAUGAAUUCAAAGGUCAGUGUGGGGAAUUUCACCUGUCCCGGAAGUAAAAGGGACAGCAUUGAUCUUGUUUUCUUUCGUUGCAAGAGUAGAUUCAUUUUUCUUCAUUGGGAAAUUUGUAGAAAUGUAUUUACAGACUUGAAUGGCAAAACCCUGUCAGUGUCACCAUUUCCCCCGUAAUAGUGUCCAAUCUCUCCCCUUGUGAGUGUAACAUUCAAGUUCUCACUGUUCUGUUACUGUGUAUUUAUAGAGCUGUGCUUACAGUUGUGCAUAUACCUGCAAUAAAAUGUACAGAACAUUA